AUGUUUCCUGCAAAACCUGUAAUUUCAUUGGAUGCUCAUCCAGGCUCUCGUUUAAUUACAGGUAUGUGCACAAAUCCUAUAGAGAAAAUUGCAACAAACAGAACUAUUGGUUUACUUGCACAAGCAGAAUGUUUGACAUACUACGCGUAUGAAAUAUUUCAAGAUAUUUCAAACUCUUGUACUGAAUUAUUCCAGCGUGUUGAUGAACUUAAAGAAAGAACAACUUUUCUCCGUCGAAAUUUCCCAGAUCAAUUAACAAAAUUCAAGAAUAUUGGUACUUCUACAUCCCAUGGAACAAAUUCCCAUUGUGUCGACAAAGAAACUCUUUCCGAUUUUCAAUUCUCCCUCGAAAUUUCCAAUCUCGUUUUCGAGAUGGCGAGCGAUGCUUCGCCACCACCUGAUUUCACAGAGUUUACUGAACUUGCUCAUACAAUACAAGGUAACCAGAACGUAGAUUUCAACUUAUUGUACUCAGAUCCUGAUUACUACCGUAGAAACUACAUCAAAGAACUCCAGCGCCAAAUCAAAAUCGAGCAAGAGGCCCAAAGAGCAGCCGCUUCGGAACAAAAGCAAAAGGAAAAGGAAGAAAAGCGUUUGAACGCUGAAACAAAAAAAAAUCGCCAGAAAAAGACUCAGUCCGAGCAAAUUGUUGUUUUCGACUCAAAUAUUACAUUCAAGCUUCCGACGUCGAUGCAAAGGCCUCCUCUUCCUGGUCACGUGAAACAUUCCGAAAUUAUCAACGUACAGCAGAAAAUAUCCCUCGAAACUCAGACAGAUGCUUCUAUAUUACAAGAGCUCGAUCUUAAGGCUCAGGAGUUCAAGGAAACUCAUAUGAAACAAAUGACCACGACUGCAUCGUUAGAAGCUCUCGAUGCUCUUGAGCAAUUUGCUACUAAAGACUUUACCUUCCAAACUACAACUCCAAAAAGACCUGCAGCUCCUAAACCGACCGUAUCUACAUUUAGUCUCCCAGAUGUCUCAAAUAUUUCACAGAUUUCGAAUCCACAGCCAAAGGCAGAACAAGAACAACCAAAAACUACCUCAUUACCUCAAAUUCCGGAAGUAUCGAAACCGAAACCUUCAGCUCCACCUCCUCCAGUUGCUGCAGCUCCUCCUCCGCCACCUCCGCCCCCUUCUCUUCCACCUCCUCCGCCAUCAGAUGCUCCAGCUCCUUCAUCUCGACCAGCCAACAAACCGGAUGCAUCUAUGUUGCUCGGCGUGAAGCUUAAUAAGCAAACAACACCUCGCCCGGCCCCUGCAAAACAACAAACUCAUCUAGAUCUGAUUAAGAGUGGCAAUUUCAAGCUGAAAAAGGUUGAUAAUAACACUCCAAGGCCACAGAUCAAUGUUCCACAAGAAAAAGAUGAUACAGACUCACUUUCAAUCCAAGAUUUACUUCAAAAGGCUGCACAAAUCAGAGAUGCAGUUAAGUGCAGCGAUUCAUCAGAUGAUGAUGACGAAAAGUCAUCUGAUUCUGAAUCAUGGUAA